CUUCUCACCGUGUAACCGUUCCUCAUCAAGAGCUUCAACGAGUGACCGCGUGUUAUCGUAACUUGCGCGCGCGUGAGACACUCUGUUGUUGACUUCUGCUCAGGUCCUUCGUCUUCCCACAAAUUCGCACCCCACCAAAACCAUUAAAGCAACACCUGCUGUGCAAUCGCGAAAAUGCCCGACAAACUCACACGUAUCGCCAUUGUGAACAGCGACAAGUGUCGCCCGCGAAAAUGUCGUCAAGAGUGCAAAAAGUCGUGCCCCGUCGUGCGUAGCGGAAAGCUCUGUAUCGAAGUACAGCCCGAAUCGAAGCUGGCUUUUAUCUCCGAGUCCCUCUGUAUCGGUUGUGGUAUUUGCCCAAAGCGCUGCCCGUUUGAUGCGAUCAAUAUUAUCAACUUGCCCACCAACCUUGAGAACCAGGUCACCCACCGAUAUGGCCCCAACAGCUUCAAGUUGCAUCGUCUUCCCAUGCCCCGACCCGGUCAGGUGCUUGGACUUGUCGGUACCAACGGUAUUGGAAAGAGUACUGCCCUCAAGAUCCUGAGUGGAAAGCUCAAGCCUAACCUGGGCCGACACGACAACCCUCCUGACUGGGAGGAAGUUAUCAAGCACUUCCGUGGUUCCGAGCUUCAGAACUAUUUCACUAAGCUCCUUGAGGAUGACCUCAAGGCUGUGGUCAAGCCUCAGUAUGUGGACCAGAUCCCAAGGGCCGUUCGAGGCCCCAACAAGAGUGUCCGGUACCUCAUCGAGAGCCGUGCUACGCUUGGCAACAUGGAAGAGAUGGCCAACGUCCUCGAGCUGAACCACAUCAUGGACCGUGACAUCAACCUCCUCUCUGGUGGUGAGCUCCAGCGUUUCGCUAUUGGAACUGUCGCCGUUCAGCAGGCCGAUGUUUACAUGUUUGAUGAGCCUUCCUCGUACCUCGAUGUCAAGCAGCGUCUGAGUGCCGCUCUGGUCAUCCGCUCUCUCCUCCGUGAUAAUGACUACGUCAUCGUUGUCGAGCACGAUCUGUCUGUCCUCGAUUACCUCUCCGACUACAUCUGUGUUCUUUACGGCAGGCCAGCCGUUUACGGUGUUGUCACACUACCCUACUCCGUUCGCGAGGGUAUCAACAUCUUCCUUGACGGACACAUCCCCACUGAGAACUUGCGAUUCCGUGACGAGUCUUUGACUUUCAGAAUUGCAGAGACCACCGACGAGUUUCAAAUCGACAAGUCGCGUGCAUUCACUUACCCCAAGAUGGAGAAGACCCUGGGCAACUUCAAGCUUAACAUUGACGCCGGUGACUUCACCGAUUCCGAGAUCAUUGUCAUGAUGGGUGAGAACGGUACUGGAAAGACAACAUUCUGUCGUCUCAUGGCCGGCGCCCUCAAGCCUGACAGCAAUAAGAGCGUCCCCGAGAUGCGAAUCAGCAUGAAACCCCAGACUAUUACCCCCAAGUUUGACGGCACUGUUCGCCAGCUAUUCUUCAAGAAGAUCAAGCAGUCAUUCUUGUCUCCCCAAUUCCAGACUGAUGUUGUCAAGCCCCUUAAACUUGAUGACUUCAUCGACCAGGAGGUAAAGAACCUGUCCGGUGGUGAAUUGCAGCGUGUUGCCAUUGUUCUUGCUCUUGGUAUUCCUGCUGAUAUCUACCUUAUCGACGAGCCCUCUGCCUACCUCGAUUCCGAGCAGCGUAUCAUCGCCUCGCGUGUUAUCAAGCGAUUCAUCAUGCACUCCAAGAAGACUGCUUUCAUCGUCGAGCACGAUUUCAUCAUGGCUACCUACCUGGCUGACCGAGUCAUUGUCUUUGACGGACAGCCCGGUAUCGAUGCUCACGCCAACAAGCCCGAGUCUCUUCUCACUGGCUGCAACACCUUCUUGAAGAACCUCAACGUCACUUUCCGUCGUGACCCUACCAACUACCGCCCCCGUAUCAACAAGAACGGAUCUCAGCUCGACCAAGAGCAGAAGAUGAGCGGCAACUACUUCUUCUUGGAAGAGAACCCUGAAUCGAGCUAAAGGCCUUUACAACGAGACUCUGCCUCCCCUUGAUGGUGCAUCUGCAGGCGUUUGUGGCGUUCAAAAUGGGAAUCGGCGAAAGCAGCGGGACUUGGGAAUAGAUGACGACCGCAGCGCCGGCGAGGAUGACGAUCCAGAUGAAUAACGAUGGUGACGGUAGCGUAUCCCCUGUUGUCUGGUCCUACGAAAGCCGUUGGGUUUCUUGAUUGGCGUGUUCUGGUUUGUUUCUUGCCUAGUGUUCUCUGGGGGUUCAUAACUCCCUAGAUCCUUGUAGUACAGAAACUGGAUGGCUUCGUAGAUUGAGGGACAAUGGAUCUAGCAGGAUCUCUGCCGUCUUGACGUUUCCUACCUCGCGGGAAACAACUUCCAUAGAUAAUUAUGGCUGUCGGUUAGUUCUAAAUAGUUCAACUGCAUAAGGAAAUGGAUCG